GCCAGAGAAAACCGCGGUUCUUUGCAAAGGCAAUUAAGUGAAAAUGAGGUCAGAGGGACCAACAUGGCUGGUGUCUUUACAAAAAAGGCAAAAUUUGGAUCCAGAGGUAUUCAAGAUCAAGGUGAAGACACAGAGGAAGAAGAUGGCCUUUGUUUGCCCCUGAUACAUCUACCAACAGGAACUCCAAGAAUUGCUAGAAACCACAGAAGUGGAUUCUCCCUUAGAGCCAUCAGAGAGAGCACGAUGAUACUGAAAUCUUGAUUUCUGACUUCUAGGCUGCAAAACUGAGACAAUAAAUACUUGUUAUUUUAAGCAAAAAAAAAAAAAAAAAAUUAAAGUUUUUUUCUGUAAAGCAUUUCUUUUCUCUGAGUUAACCCUUUGGGAGCCACGCAGACAUUAAUAUAGAUUUUCUUACUUUUGGAUGUGGAAUUAGCAAUUAUCAACACAUCAAACUUUUAAAAGUGAAAGAGUGAGAUGUCCCUGAUACAGUGGAGGAAGCGCCAUCUUGUAUCCUGGGGCUCUGACAAUCCUCUAGGUCUGAUUUUGUAGCCCAAGGACUCCUUGGACUAUCUGCUGUCACUCUGUGUUGUUUCUCCCUUCCCUUGCAGGCUUCCCUCUGGGCUCCACGGUGAGGUCUGAAACCAAAGGCAUCUGGAUGUGGUGUAUGCCCCACCCCUCCAAACCGGACCACACCCUGGUCCUUCUGGACACUGAGGGCCUGGGCGAUGUGGAAAAGGGCGACCCUAAGAACGACUUGUGGAUCUUUGCCCUGGCUGUGCUUCUGAGCAGCACAUUAGUCUACAACAGCAUGAGCACCAUCAACAACGACGCCUUGGAGAAGCUGCAUUAUGUGGCAGAGCUCGCAGAACUAAUUAGGGUAAAGUCUUCCCCAAGACCUGAUGAAACCAAAGAUGCCACUGAGUUUGCAAGUUUCUUUCCAGACUUUGUCUGGACUGUGCGGGAUUUCAUGCUGGAGCUGAAGCUAGAUGGUCACCAUAUCACAGAGGAUGAGUAUCUGGAGAAUGCCUUGAAGUUGAUUCCAGGUAACAAUCCCAAAGCUAAAAUUUCCAACGCAACCAGGGCAUGUAUCAGGUGUUUCUUUCCACAACGGAAGUGUUUUGUCUUCGACCGGCCAAGAUAUGAAAAGGAGCUCCUAGCUCGUAUCGAAGAUGUGUUGGAAACCUGUCUCAAUCCUAAAUUCCUGGAACAAUCAAAUAAUUUCUGUUAUUACAUUUUCACCCAUGCAAGGCCCAAGACCCUCAUGAAAGGAUUCAAAGUCACUGGGAAUCAGUUGGGGACUCUGGUGGUGACCUACGUGGAUGCCAUCAACAGCGGAGCAGUGCCUUGUCUGGAGAAUGCAAUGACAACGCUGGCCCAGCGUGAGAACGCAGCAGCUGUGCAGAGGGCAGCUGACCACUACAGCCAGCAGAUGGCGCAGCGAGUGCGGCUCCCCACGGACACGCUCCAGGAGCUGCUGGAAGCGCACGCGGCCUGCGAGACGGAGGCCAUCGCUGUCCUGAUGGAGCGCCCUUUCAAGGAUAACCUGUGGGAGUUCCAUAGACAGCUCGCGGAAAUCAUAAAGAGUAAGAAAGAGGAGUUUUUGCAACAGAAUGAAGAGGCAUCUGUUAAAUACUGCCAGGAUAUACUUCAUCAGCUUUCGAAGACCCUAAUGGAAAGGUUUUCAGAAGGAAAGUUCUAUGUUGUUGGAGGGCACAAACUCUACAGGGAUGCAAAGAAAAGGAUUAAAUGGAAGUACUCAAGAGUGCCUAGGAAAGGAGUAAAGGCAAAUGAGGUCCUCCAGCACUUCCUGAAGGGCCUGGAGGAGAUAGAGGGCUGCAUCCUGCAGGCUGACAGCGCCCUGACCGACCAGGCGAAGGCUGCCUCAGCAGUGGGGGCCAGGAAGGAAGCAGCUGAGAAGGAAUGGGAGAAGCUGUUGCAGCAGAUGCAAACUCACUGGAGAAACCCUGAUGAAAAUAUAAGUCAGUCGAGAGAGAAGGUGGACAGGGAAAGGGACAAAGAGCUGAUUUGACAAGGACACUGAAGCACAAGCUGAAGAUCUAAGCAGAUCGUUUAAUGAAGAACUUCGGAAGAAAUAUGGGGACAUGAAUGCAGAGAUAAAUUGCGUGGGAAAUGUGAUUGAGACUACUAAAGACGAUAAAACUCUCUGGAUUGCACAGACUCUAAAAGUACUUGCCACUGAACCAUCUGUGGUCCUGUCUGUUCCUGCAAAAUUGGUUGAUCUGGGUCUGAGGAGCCUGAGCUCACUAUGUGAAUGAGAUUAACUUUUCUUUUAAUGAAAUUAUAGCAUGUGGCUAUGUACUCUGGCCUAAUUUUGCUGUGUGUGUUUUCCAGUUUCAUUCAGCAAAGCUUUAAACAUAAAAAGUGCUUCCUGGAAAUAUAGUCUGACAGACAUUAGAAUAAACACUGAAUUUGUUUGUGUGAAAGGAAAAGAAACUGCUGUUUUAGAACCAGAGUUGGCAUAUUUGGUCUGUGAGCCAAAUUUUUCUUGCUGCCAGUUUUUAUAAAUAAAGUUUUAUUGGGACACAACCAUGCCAUUCUUUUAUCUAUAGUCUAUGGCAAUUUUCAUGCCAUAACAGCAGAGUUUAAUAGUUGUAAUAAAUACCGUAUGACUCACAAAACCUAAGAUAUUUCCUUUUGAAGACUUUAUAGAGAUAGUUCUCCCUGUUGAUUCAGGCACUAUAAUAGAGGAAGGGACUAAAUUUGCGAUCAAGUUAAAAAAUGUCCUUGGAAUGAACUCAUCAAGAAUACUGCUGAAAACCAGCCACAAGAGAAUUGUACAACACGUAUAUAUAAAUAUUCAAGUCAGUUCUCCCUUAAUUCAUUCAUGAAUUUAAUGCUUUCUGAAGAUGUAGACAACAUGACUUCAUGUAAGUUUAAAUUGAAGUGCUUAGAAUACUUUAAAAAAUUGCCAGGGUAACACAGAAGAAUUAAGAAAAGGGACUCUACCUAUUCCGUAUGAAACCUAUUCUAGAGCUACAGAAAUUAGACCAGCGCAGCUCUGGGUCAUAAGAAGUCGGACAAAGCUAUAGAGCAUUCUGUAUAUGCUAGAGACAGAUACAAAUACUUUCAGAAGCUGUUUAUUUU